AUGUCUCGUAUUGUUUAUCCGUGCGCUGCUUGCAAGAUUCGACGAAGAAAAUGUGGAGAUAAAUGCCUGCUCGCUCCUUAUUUCCCACCAAACGAUCCACACAAAUUCUUUGUAGUACACAAAUUAUUUGGUGCAAGGAACAUUGCCAAAAUCCUUCGGGAUAUUCCGGCAGAGAGGAGAUCAGAUGCUGUGACAAGCCUGGUAUACGAAGCGAGUGCGAGAGCGAACGAUCCAAUCUACGGUUGCACUGGCGCCAUUUGUCGACUGCAGAAGCAAGUAUCACAUCUCCAAUCACAACUGGCAACCGUUCAAGCAGAGCUUCUCAGCACACAGCCUAAUCCUUCGUAUCUCCGCACCGGAUUUUGUAACUCGGUUGAUGAAGAAAAUAGAUUGGGUGCCGUACAUCAAAACGAUCCAUAUAGUGAAAAUUCAACAACAGUGGAUAACCUGAGAGUUUUGCAAGACGAUGAGGAUCCGUUUGGGUUAUGGGCGCCACUGUAA